AUGGAAGAGGAUGAGCUCAUAUGUAGGGGUCAUAUUUUGAACGCCUUAUCUGAUAGGCUAUAUGAUCUCUACACCAACACCUAUUCCACGAGGAAGAUUUGGGAGGCUCUUGAAAACAAGUACAAAGCCGAGGAAGAAGUUAGUAAACUAAGUAGGUUUAUUAGCAAUCCAAGCGUGGAACAUUGGAAAGCUAUUGGUAGAGUUCUUGGUUACCUAAAGAAUACCAAAGAACUAAGCCUCCAAUAUUCAAAGUUUCCUGCUAUACUUGAAGGAUAUUCAGAUGCAAGCUGGAUAUCGAGUGUGGGAGAUAAUUUAUCUACCACAGGUUGGGUGUUUACACUUGGUGGUGGGGCUGUCUCUUGGGGAUCCAAGAAACAGACUUGUAUAUCACACUCAACCAUGGAGGCAGAGUUAAUAGCUCUAGCUGCAACUGGAAAAGAAGCUGAGUGGCUUAGGGAUCUCAUGAUGGAUAUCCCUUUUACUGCAAAUAAUGUGUCAACAGUGUUGAUACAUUGUGACAGUCAAGCCACUCUAGCUCGUGCGUACAGUGGAGUGUACAAUGGGAAGUCUAGACAUAUAAGCAUUAGACAUGAGUAUGUGAGAUAA